GCUGUAGCGGAAGCAUUUGGCCCCGAGGUGUAUUGUGGGAAUUGUAGGCGACAGCCGUGUGACUACCAGCCAUGGCGGACGCCUUCGGAGACGAGCUGUUCAGCGUGUUUGAAGACGAACAAGCAAGUUCAAGUAAACGGAAAAAGCUCACCCCGGGACAGAAGACAGGUAAAGGAAAUCAUGGUCCGGAUAAAGCGGAAAACAGCUCCACCGCUCAGGGAAAGAGAGAAUUCGAAAAUGAUGGUGAUGAUGUCAUUUUCGGAAAGAAGCCGAAGAUCGAAACGCCAUCUGCAGAAGAGCUAAACCUUGCAGAGCUCAUGCCUCAAGUGAAGGUGGAACAGGUGGAGACUGUGGAAGGCUGCACCCAUGAGGUCGCCCUGCCAGCCAGUGAAAACUACACACCACUGAAGCCUCGAGUGGGAAAAGCAGCAAAGGAGUAUCCCUUCAUUCUGGACCCCUUUCAGCGAGAAGCCAUUCUGUGCAUUGACAAUAACCAGUCUGUCCUAGUUUCUGCUCACACCUCUGCGGGAAAGACUGUGUGUGCAGAGUAUGCCAUUGCCCUGGCUCUGCGAGAGAAGCAGCGAGUGAUUUUCACCAGCCCCAUCAAAGCCCUGAGCAAUCAGAAAUACCGAGAGAUGUACGAGGAGUUCCAGGAUGUGGGUCUAAUGACAGGUGAUGUGACCAUCAACCCCACAGCCUCCUGCUUGGUCAUGACCACUGAGAUUUUAAGGAGCAUGCUGUAUAGAGGCUCUGAGGUGAUGAGGGAGGUGGCCUGGGUAAUCUUUGAUGAGAUCCAUUACAUGAGGGAUUCAGAACGUGGUGUUGUUUGGGAGGAAACCAUCAUCCUGCUUCCUGAUAAUGUGCAUUAUGUCUUCCUUUCUGCCACCAUUCCCAACGCAAGGCAGUUCGCUGAGUGGAUCUGUCACCUUCACAAGCAGCCGUGUCAUGUGGUAUACACGGACUACCGCCCAACUCCGCUGCAGCACUACAUCUUUCCAGCGGGUGGCGAUGGACUUCAUCUUGUGGUGGAUGAAAAUGGAGACUUCAGAGAAGACAACUUCAACACGGCAAUGCAGGUGCUGCGAGAUGCUGGGGAUUCAGGCAGCAGCGGUGGAAAGUGGGACCCCAAAGGCCGGAAAGGGGGCACCAAAGGUCCAUCCAACGUUUUCAAGAUUGUGAAGAUGAUUAUGGAAAGAAACUUUCAGCCUGUCAUUAUUUUCAGCUUCAGUAAGAAGGAGUGCGAGGCAUAUGCCAUACAGGUGGCCAAGCUGGAUUUCAAUUCAGAUGAAGAGAAGAAGCUUGUGGAAGAAGUGUUCAACAAUGCCAUUGACUGCUUGUCGGACGAAGACAAAAAACUUCCACAGGUGGAGCAUGUCCUGCCCCUGCUGAAGCGAGGCAUUGGCAUCCACCAUGGCGGUCUCCUGCCCAUCUUGAAGGAGACCAUUGAGAUCCUUUUCUCAGAAGGCCUGCUGAAGGCCUUGUUUGCCACAGAGACCUUUGCCAUGGGAAUAAACAUGCCAGCUCGCACAGUGCUCUUCACCAGUGCUCGCAAGUUUGAUGGGAAGGACUUCCGCUGGAUUACGUCUGGUGAAUACAUUCAGAUGUCUGGGCGUGCUGGGAGACGAGGCAUGGACGAGAGGGGGAUCGUGAUCUUCAUGGUGGAUGAGAAGAUGAGCCCUACUGUGGGAAAGCAGCUUCUCAAGGGCUCUGCGGACCCCCUCAACAGCGCCUUCCACCUGACCUACAACAUGGUGCUGAACCUGUUGCGAGUGGAGGAGAUCAAUCCAGAGUACAUGCUGGAGAAGUCCUUCUACCAGUUCCAGCACUAUAGAGCCGUCCCUGGUGUCCUUGAGAAAAUGAAGAAGCUGGAGGAACAGUACAAUGCCAUAGAAAUCCCCAAUGAGGAGAGUGUGGUCACAUACUACAAAAUCAGACAGCAGCUGGCCAAACUAGGGAAGGAUAUCGAGGAGUACCUCCACAAACCCAAAUACUGCUUGCCUUUCCUGCAACCAGGAAGACUAGUGAAGGUGAAAAAUGAAGGUGAUGACUUUGGAUGGGGGGUUGUCGUCAAUUUCUCUAAGAAGUCAAAUGUUAAGGCUGGCACAGGAGAGCUGGACCCCCUUUAUGUGGUGGAGGUGCUGGUCAACUGCAGCAAAGAGAGUGUGAGGAACGCUGCCACAGAGGCUGCCAGGCCCUGCAAACCUGGAGAGAAGGGCGAGAUGCAAGUUGUUCCUGUAAUGCUUCAUCUGCUCACAAGUAUCAGCUCUGUCCGCCUCUACAUCCCCAAAGACCUGCGGCCCUUUGAUAGCCGACAGAGUGUGCUGAAGUCGUUGCAGGAGGUUCAGAAGCGCUUCCCUGAUGGCGUGCCACUUCUGGAUCCCAUUGAUGACAUGGGCAUCAAGGACCAGGGAUUGAAGAAGAUCAUCCAGAAGGUGGAGGCCUUUGAGCUCAGAAUGUACUCGCAUCCCCUGCACAACGAUGCCAAUUUGGAGUCUGUCUACAAGCUCUGUGAAAAAAAGGCACAGAUUGCGGCAGACAUCAAGAGUGCGAAGCGAGAGCUGAAGCGAGCGCGGACCGUGCUGCAGAUGGACGAGCUCAAGUGCCGCAAGCGUGUGCUGCGUCGCCUGGGUUUUGCCACAUCCUCAGACGUCAUCGAGAUGAAGGGCCGCGUGGCCUGUGAGAUCAGCAGUGCAGAUGAGCUGCUCCUGACGGAGAUGAUGUUCAACGGCCUCUUCAACGACCUCACUUCCGAACAGGCGACGGCACUGCUCAGCUGCUUCGUGUUCCAGGAAAAUGCCAGCGAGUUGCCCAAGCUGACGGAGCAGUUAGCCGGACCGCUGCGGCAAAUGCAGGAAUGUGCCAAGCGCAUAGCCAAAGUGUCAGCUGAGGCCAAGCUGGAGGUGGACGAGGAAACGUACCUGAGCUCAUUCCGUUCCCACCUCAUGGAUGUGGUGUACACCUGGGCCAACGGCGCCACCUUCGCGCAGAUCUGCAAGAUGACGGAUGUUUUUGAAGGGAGCAUCAUCCGCUGCAUGAGGCGUCUGGAGGAGCUGCUGAGGCAGAUGUGUCAGGCAGCCAAGGCCAUAGGAAACACGGAGCUGGAGAAUAAGUUUGCCGAAGGUAUCACAAAAAUCAAGAGGGACAUCGUCUUUGCUGCCAGUCUGUACUUGUAAAAAAAAAAAAAAAAAAUUUUUUUAA